AUGAUGCGAAUGAGGAACGGUAAGAACAAAGCGUGUGGCUUUGUGGUUUUACGGAUGGGAUCAUGAUUGCCGUAUUUUCUGUUAAACGUUGAAAAUGUUGUACUAAAUUUACACGGAAUCAUCUAGUCAUAAAGAGGAAGUUUAUGAUGCUAUUAGUGUUGGACAUGGCUUUGAUUCGUCGUUUAUUUUGAAGGAGAAUUACGAAAUGUUUUCAUCUGAUUCCUUGAUCUGUGGAUUCGUCGUACGUUAUUUUUGUGCGUAGUGGUGUAUUAGCGGAUUUUUCUUACGAUGUCUUGCGCCAAAGUGAUUUCGAGAAACAUUCCCGAACACUAUGAUUCGGAUUGUUUGUACGAAGGCGAAUUUUUACAACUCGACAAGGAGCUGCAGUACAUUCGACACGCCAAGCUGUUGGUUACGAGAGACAGAUUAUUGUUGGAGCAUUUAGACCACGAGGAAAGCGAUUCUAGAUCGAAAAACCGUUUAGAACUUUCUCGCUCAAGUGUGAAUAUAAAUUUCCUAAAGAAUUCGCCGUAUACCUUUACACUGAAUGUAAAGAACUCCGGCAACGCGAAUAAUGUUUAUCAAUUAUGCGACAGACCUGAGUCGUGGGCAGACUUUCUGAAAUCUAUUGACUUGCAAGAAAUCAUCAACGAUGAUAAUGGAAGAAGGCAUAGAGUUUUACCACAAGUUACCUUCGACGAUGAUUUGGAUGAUACGUACACUGAUUCUGAAAGUGAAUGCUCGUCCUUUAGCGAUGACAGUAGUGCAGACGAUAUUGGAUUGCCAAGAUGUUUGACUUCUCUCUAUGCCGGGCAAGGACUCGGCGCUAUGUCUAUGUUAAAUGUUAAUAAUGCAAUGAUGAUGAUGAAUCCCGGUCAUGUUCGUCGACUAAACAAGAGAAGUGGAUUAUUUCGAGGUUCCUUUGACAUCCUUAGCCAGCCUGGAAGUGAAACGGACGAUUUUUUGUCUCAUGCAAAUUCAUAUCCGCAGAUUGCCUGCAAUGCUAAACCUGAGCGUUGGAAUUCGCUUCCAAUUUUAUCUGAGUUGGACAACAUAUUACUCGAUGAUGAUUUACAAUUUGAAAGAUUUAAUCGACAUAAACGCGAUAGAUUUGGUACAAAACACCAUGUACGAAGAGAGGGAACGGAAACAGCAAAUUACCAUUCAUCGGCAGUGUAUAGAACUGAAUAUGGUAUAAAACAUGCAACUUCUCCCAAGGAGUUGCUCUUAAACGAGGAGAUACGAAAGCUUAUUACACAACCUAGUGAUAUUAAAUUUUGCAAUACGGCUGGUCGUAGAAAAGAUAGCUCUGAAUUGGAGCCAAUUUCUGAGGCCAUUAUUCACGAAAACUUUAUCGAACCGACUAAGGUUUGCCCAACGGAGCAAUCAAAACCUAGAACGUAUGAGAUUAUAGAUACAACUGGAGGUAAAUUCAAGUUGAACUUAAAGCGACUUUGGAAGCGAAGAGAAAAGACCAACAUCAGCAAGUCUGGAGGGAAAACAUACAGCAGUAACCAACAGGAAAGGGAAUCAAAUCAUGUUAUGUUCAUUAAUAAAGUUGCUUUUGAUACUCAAGGUACUGUACCCGCUACACCAAGUUUUGCUGUUUCAAAUGAUCGCAGAGGCGGGCUUGGCCAUGAUGUUAGUGGAAAAAAGGAAAAUGUUGUUGUGUCCUCAGUGUCAAAGCAGAGGGAAAGCUCCACUAAUUCAGUUCCUUCACCGAAAGAGAAAAACAAGUUCACAAUAAACUCUCCAACAACAUUCACAGGCAAGAACACAAUUGGAAAGAAAAUCGUUAAAAAAUUUUUGUCGCCAAUGUCUACUCUACGGUCCGUGUCUGAGGAAGAGAAGAAUUUGGAUCUGCCACAAGUCACUGGUCUCGGCUACAAAUCUGGAAAUACAAAUGAUAUGCCAGUUGAAGACCGUCGUAAGAAACUGCUUGACACAAAUCCACUUCAUAUUGCUCAAGAACUUACGUUAAUCGAUAAAGAACUUCUUGUGCGUAUUCCCUGGAAUGAACUGUCAACGUGUGGCUGGAUGACCAAACAUAAGUACACUCGCUCUCCAAGCGUUAUGGAAAUGGUAGAGUUCUUCAAUCGUAUUGCACUGCUUAUUGCUUCAGAAAUAUUAUUUGAAGUUGAUCCAUUGAUGAGAGUUCGUGUUAUCUCGAAAGUUGUCCAGGUUGCCGAGAAACUCCAUGCAUUGGGUAACUUUAACUCACUGAAAGCCUUGCUUGGUGGUUUGCAGUGCACACCAAUUUAUCGUCUCAAAGAAACCUGGAGACAAGUUUCAUCAAAGCGUAAGAAGAGCUUUCGUGGAUUAACUAAGUUAAUGAGCGAAGACGACAACUUUGCCGCUUAUCGUAAAGAGGUCGACAACUUAAUGAACCAGAAAACGCCAUGUCUUCCUUUUCUCGGUGACUUUCUCACUCAGAUUGCUCAGACGCAGACCUAUCUGGCAUGUAGAAAGAAGAGUCCUGAGCCACCGAAAGAGGAGAUUUUGGAAGAAAAUAUUCCCAAUCCUUCGACACCAACACCCAAAUCAUCUCGGAAAAAAACUCGAUCACGCACAAGUUUAGCUAAAGGGAAGCGUUUCUUUUAAGACGAGAGAUAGCCGUUUUUCCAAGUCUUCCCCUAACUUGCCUGCAUCGUGCGUGAACACUCCAGAACGUGCCCACAGCUAUCGAGCUCAGCGUUUUAGACGUUGCCGCAGUUGGCAAUACAGCAACGAUAGUGGUAUUCAGGUUAAUAACAGCACUAACUCCAGUUUAUCGGCAAGCUCAGCGUCUUUUCUCACCAGUAACACGUCACUCGGUAGUGGCACGAUUGCGUUUCAAAAUAAAAACUCAACAAACGAUGAUCGCGGGCGCACAACAUCACAUCAUCACACGCAAUCCAAUUCAACGAGCACACCCGUGUCUAGCAAAACCUCAUUGAAAAAGAGGUUGCGUCGCAACCAAAGCGUUUCAGAAAAGUCUUUAUCAAAUUCAGACAGUGGAAGUAGUCUAAAAACUAAACUUUCCUUCAUGCGAUCAUUUCGACGAAGUAAGAGCAUGGAUCAGUCGCCGUCAAGUGUAGAAAGUUUGCCGAAACUGGGUCCCUCUCGCAAGGAGAACCGAAAUGGUAGCGUCAAGACUGGUAAUGGAAAAAAUGGUCGACGUAUUUCAGAGGCUGAAACGGAGAAAGGAACUGAACUGCAACUAUGGCACUUCCAUCUCGCCGCUAUCCAAUACAGCUUUCCAAGUCGGCCACGUGUUAAAGACUUUUUAUUAACAACACCUUUCAACUCUGAAGAGGAUAAUUACAAAUUGUCGUUGCAGCGUGAACCACCUAACAAACCAGCUGUGUCAUAAUUGAGGGUUCCUGCUUUACACAAAGUAUAUUUGCAUAGAUUUGUACCAAAUUUUAAAACUUGUAAUUGAUGUACUUUAUCUCAAAGAUAUGUUUUAAUAAGAUGCUCAGAGUUUUAUGAAGAAUUAAGAUAUUCAUAUACUCUUAAAGAGGUUUUCUUUUUAUCUGUAAAUAGUCCAAAUUUAAGAAUCUGUAUAUAUUGAAAGGUUUUCAAAGAGUCUAAUUAAAGUUCUCCAACUUUUUUUAAA